UUACCAGCAACAAAAAAAGAACAAAAACACUUGAGCCGCCCUCUCGAUACCUCCCCGUCGAAUAUAAUACCAUACGCAUUGUUUGGAUGGCGCCUGCACACCGAUAACACUACCACCACCACCACCACCGAUCCUGUUGCGACCCGCAUACCAUAAGGGGUUUCUCCUCAGCCUCGAUACCACCACAACCCACCAUGGCGAAGAAGAGUUGCGCAAAGAGCUUUUGCAGCGUGUUGCAGAGUGUGUUUGCCGCGGCAGGUCUCUAUGGUCUUUUAUAUCUGGGAGUCCUGGUAAUUCAAAGGGGGUCGCUGCCUUCACCAAAAGACCUCAUUCAAAACCCCCCGACACUGCGGCCUGGGUCCCCCUCUUCAGACAGUGUGGGACAACCGGGUCUCAGGUUACCCUCGUCAAAAUUAAAAGUUGAGAAGAUCAAUCCAGCGGCCAAUUGGUUCAACAGACCAGAAAGUCUGGUGGUGCCCCGAGAUGACUAUCUAGGGAAGAGGCCCAAUGUCGAUACGGUUGCGAACCUGACGAAGUUGGUGGAAGAAUGCAGAGGUUCGUAUGAGAACAUUGAGAAGAUGCCAUAUGUAUACGAUUGUCUGAAAUACAUGGAAGAGGGCGAGAAGGAAUAUUUCUACACUCCCGCACGAGGGGAACGAGCCAGCGAACAACCCCCAAGGCGCGCAGAGUAUCUCAACUCAGAUGGAGCAGACAAUUCACUUGACGAGUACCCAUCCUACAAAUCGGCCUCGAAAGACUCAAUUGGACAAUGCAAUGGCCCGAUUGUGCCUUAUCAUGUCUACUGGACGGGACCGGCAACUUGGCGAGUCGAAUUGUUCAUCAAGAGUCACUUCUACACACAAAACAUCCCUUGCGUACGAUUAUGGCUCUGGCUAGAUGGUGAUCGGGACCCGAAAGCGGUGGACAAGAUGCUGAAUCACGAUCCUCUCUUCGAGAAAUUCCUACCUUUCGUCGAACGCGGCGACAUCGUUCUGAAGACUUGGAAAUUUCCUUCGAGAAUCCCUCUCCCGAAAGGAGACAAUACAGAUGGAGUGGGGUACUACAAGACACCGGGGAAACGAAACUCGAAAAAUGAAACACUAGUCGCAGAUGGAUUGAUUCGAGAUGCGAAUGACCAGGAAUGGUUGGUCCUGACCGAGAAACAAAUGACGUUUCUCCCCGUCGCCGUAUCGGAUGCCGUGCGAUUCGUGGUUCUCCACCUCUCCGGAGGUGCAUAUUUUGACAUGGACGUUGUUAUGCUUCGAGACAUGCGACCCUUGUUAAUCGGAGACGAGCAUUCAUUUGCAGAGCGAUGGGGAGGUCAUCCAAGUCCGGGAGAUUAUAACACUGCCAUUAUGUCUCUGACGGCCAACUCUUCGCUUUCUUCAUACUUGCUUCGAGGUGGUGUUCGAAUGGGUCUCAAUUUCCACCCCAGAGUUAUUGGCGUGAUGUCCGUGAAGGACCGCCGAAAUCGAGAAUUCCACAUGUUGGAAACAGCUGCUUUUGAUCCCAUCUGGACGGAAUUCAACUGGGAUCGCCUGGGUCGUUGUACCGUUCCUUGCAUCCACGACUACGGACAGGUUUUCAAGGGAAAGAACGCCUUCCCCUUGAAAGACGAAUGGGAUAGCUACGAAGGCGAGCAAUUGAAAUUGGCGUCAGAAACCAAGUCCCGAGGCCACUUCUGGGAAAUCAAAACCAAGAGAGACGAAGAAAUCUCCGAACGAACCACCACCACUGAGAUCAGCACCCAAACAGCAGUCACCAUCGACCGCGACGCGUUGAGCAAGGCCGAGUACAGGAUUGAACAGGAUAACUACCCGCCCACGAACCGCACGCUAGAGAAUUUCUUCCGCGGUGCGUGGACGUAUCAUGUUCAUAACCAGUGGCUCAAAAACCCCGAACCCUCAUCAUGGCUCAACGUCGUUCAGCGCGCCCAAGACGGCUUCUUCUCGCACGGCAGGUUAAACCCCUACGGUGAGAAGUGGGACGGGCCCGCGAUCCCGGAGUACGAGAUUAGUUGGGAGUAUACAUAGGGUGGGGUGUAGAAAUAGAGACGGACGCAUACAUGCAUCUUCUGGGUACAUUACAUACAACAACAACAACAGCAACAACAAUUACAUAAUUACGACGAGACUUCGAUUCGAUUCGAUGGUUUUGGGUCAGUCGGUUCGAUGAUA